AUCCAAUCGUCAACAUGGUUCCUCUAUCCAUCGAUCGAGACUGAUCAAAAUCUCUCCUGAAUUUGUUAGGAUACACAGGUUUUGUUCCUGGUGGAAAAAAAUUGUUAACCAUGGAGUCUUCGAGCUCGUGGUCGCGGGCUUUGGUUCAGAUCUCGCCCUACACUUUCUCCGCCGUCGGAAUCGCCAUCGCCAUCGGUGUCUCUGUCCUCGGCGCUGCUUGGGGGAUAUUUAUAACUGGAAGCAGUUUAAUUGGUGCAGCUAUUAAAGCCCCUCGCAUUACAUCAAAAAAUCUUAUCAGUGUAAUUUUUUGUGAGGCUGUUGCUAUAUAUGGAGUUAUUGUGGCUAUCAUUCUUCAGACAAAGUUAGAGAGUGUCCCUACUUCCCAGAUAUAUGCUCCAGAAUCCCUUAGAGCAGGCUACUCCAUCUUUGCUUCAGGAAUAAUUGUGGGCUUUGCAAAUCUUGUCUGUGGGUUAUGUGUGGGAAUAAUUGGAAGCAGCUGUGCUUUGUCUGAUGCACAGAACUCCACACUUUUUGUUAAGAUUUUGGUUAUCGAAAUUUUUGGUAGCGCACUUGGACUGUUUGGAGUCAUUGUUGGAAUCAUCAUGUCGGCACAAGCUUCAUGGCCCUCAAAGAAUGCAUGAGUUUGUACCAUCACAGGGUUAUUGCUGUAUGAUACACGAAACAUUUUUCUUUUUUAUCCCUUGUUUUCCAUCUUUUCUCUCUUUAAGGCAUUUAAAUAGUAGAUUCUGUACGAGGUGCUUGAACUUUAAAACACUUGUUGAUUGAUCGUGUGUUAUAAGGUCAUUUGGGCAUUCAUGUCAUGUUUCAUCUUGCUUUAUGAAUCUUGUGAUCAAUCAGUACCAUGUAAAUCUGUAUUCAGGGGCCAGUGGCUCAAAGAAAGACUUGGUUGGGGUCA